UGAAGCCCGCUUGUGUAAUUUUUGAGUCUGACAUUCAGACAACAGCAGCUUACCGAGAGCUCUCUCAACUUUACAAGAAAAAGGGUUAAAAUGCUGCCUUCCGUCAUCGCAAAAAGACUGGUCACGGGGAUGUGCCAAGCAGCAUGGAGACCAGCAGUCACAGGGCUGGUAUCGUCUCGUGGUUACCGUGGAGAUGCGCCAGAUGACACCAGGGGAGAUCUGAUUGAGAUCCCUUUGCCUCCUUGGGAGGAGAGGCCCGGUGAGCCCACUGAGGUCAAGAAGCGACGCCUGCUGUAUGAGAGUCGCAAGAGGGGCAUGUUGGAGAACUGCAUUUUACUCAGCCUUUUUGCAAAGCAAUAUCUGAACACAAUGAGUGAAAACCAGCUGCAGCAGUACGACAGACUGAUUAAUGAACCGAGCAAUGACUGGGACAUCUACUACUGGGCAACAGAAGCUCAGCCCACCCCGGACGUUUAUCAAGGAGAGGUCAUGGAUAUGCUGAAGGAGUUCACAAAGAACCGCAACCAAGAACAGAGGUUAGAUGCACCCAGCCUGGAGUACCUGGAAAAGGAAAGCCAAUGAGGUCCGCAGCCCUUUGGACCCUCUCAUGGACUCAUUUUGGGUGGUGGAACUGGGGGAAAUAUCAGUGUCACAACCCACCAGAGAAGUACCUCAAAGAGGUCAGCGGUGUUUCUCCAGUUACACACAGCGAGAAUGAACAAAAUAUUGUGGAGUGGAAAAUAUUUAGAGCGCAAACACCUCUCUAUGAAAUAAAUGUACUCCAUGUUCUUCUGCCAGUCAGUCAAUAAAGGGAGAGGAAGAUUAAUGGAAGCUGAGGGUUUUUUUGCAAGGAGUACAAUGUCAGAAAGGUUCUAAAUAUUUAACAUUAAUUAUUUUGUAAAUUGCUGAUUGAAGAUUGUACAUUUAAACUGCAGACUGUGUGGGUUGUAUAAUGAAUAUACCAGCUUUGAUAAAUAGAAGCAAGCUCAUAAUCAGUUUCUAAACAGAAAUGCAUUGAUUCUCUCAGCUUGUUGAAUUGUCACAGUUUGGUUCUGUUCUGUGAUUUUACUGUGCCUAUUACAGACAUUAUGGGUUAUUUAAUAAAUGUUAAUGCUCCUCUGUUA